CUUUCUCCUGCAAACAGCUGUGUUUGGGAUGGGCAUGGGAUUUGCAUGACUGAGAGUAACUGAUGCUCUGAAAAAUCUAGCUGUCUCUGUGUUACUGCAAAGGAAGCCAUGGGCACUGAUAAUACUUGCUUCAGUGCUUUUAAAUGGAGUUUCAAAAAUGCUAAACUUGGGUUGUCAUCCAUAUUAUGGCCAAAGAACACUCUAGAGACCUGGAAAAUACCCCUCAUCUCGUGACAGCAUGGGUCCUAAUAUGUGGGAUUCAAAUUUUGUCUUUGGUUCAUGCACCACAGUUGUUGCAUUUCUAGAUGCCAUUUAGCCCAGACUGCCUUUCCCUUUUCCUUGUUCUGUGACAGCAUCUCUUCUAGACUCACAUUUUAUCUGCUGUGCUACUUUUUCCAGACUCCUCUGCUGGUGGCUGUCACUGCCAGGCAGCCAGCUAUUGUCUAUGAUUUAAUCCAGGCAGGAGCGGAUGUCAAUGCUGUAGACAACAAAGGGCAGUCAGCUUUACAUCUUGCUGCAACAUAUGGCUAUGCCCAAGUUCUUCAGGUUAUACUGUCAAUAGGUUUCCCUCUUGAUCUAGAAAUGAAGGAUUUUGAAGGGCAUACUCCACUCCACUGUGCUGUUCUGGCCCACAACUCCCUGCUCCGAGAGCAGGGUUGCCGGAUGUUGCCUGAGGAACAGCAGAAAAAGCUUCAGCACCAGAGUGAAGAGCUGGAGUCCUGUAUUCAGCUCCUAGUGCAAACAGGAGCCUCCAUCUACAGCAGGGAUGUCAAAAGCAACAAGACAGUUCUUCAUUAUACAGUGCAGGAUGGGAACCUCUCGCUGCUCAGAUACUUCUUGGAGUUGAAUGCUUUCAAGUCCAAGGACUUUGUCAACAACAAGGCCCAUGGCAACACAGCUCUGCAUAUGGCAGCCGCAUUGCCUCAUGACAAGAACCAGAAAGAAAUUGUCCAGUUGCUCCUUGACCAUGGGGCAGACCCAAGCAUCCGAAAUUUAGACAACGAUCAGCCAAUCCACAUGGCUCCUUCUGGAAAAGCUGGAGAUCAGGUCAGGCAUUUGCUGAAGAAAGGGAAAGUUGCAUCUGCAUUCAUUUCCUGUCACCAAAGUGCCACAUCCUAGGUUGCCUGCAGCUUCCGGAAUGGCUUCCACCUCAGCUUGCUGAUUGCACUCUUAGGAAAACUAAAACAUCCCUGUUCCUAGCAUCUUUAAAUCAGGGUGGGAUGACAGUGUUUCUCAACCUAUGGACCAUGAAUAACAUAUCAGAAGAUGAGCUUUCAAAUGUCUGAAAACUUUAUUUUGUUAACAGAGUACUAAUAAACCUCAAGCAUUGCUUGCAAGCAAAGAGGCAAGCAAAGCAAAUGGCUGUUACAUAAAUAACCAACCUGUACUUAUUUGGUGGCAACUGAAACCUGUAGUGGCGAAAGAACACAAGCCAAGUUUGGUUAUAAAAGGUUGAGAAAUACUGCUCUCGGACACGGUCAGCCUGUGCCUCUUGUUAGGUUCUGUAACAGAGGUACUGGUUGAAAUGUGAUGUGCAAUUACCUUCACUGUGCCUGCUAGCCUGGGAAUGCUGGAACCUGAGGGGGAGGAAAAGACUGGAUGGAAGAGGUCAUGUCAGCUUGAAGAGUCAUCCAUGGCUGUAUUUUACUUGAGUGAAUGGACAUUUGGACUCAAGAGCUCCAAGAGAGGGUUUCUGCAAGCUGCUACUACCCCGUUUCUUAGCACUUUGUGGAAGAAAGCUGAAGCAGCUGUCCAUUGCCACCCCACUUAAGAAAAGAGAUGCUUGUAAGUGCAACUACAUGGGGAAGGUUCUCAGCAGUACAGUUUUGUGUGGCUCCUGAGUGCUUCCCAGUGAAGGGAUUCUUCUUUGAGUCAUCUGAUCCAAUCCAAGUUUCCAGCUCUGAUGGCAAAUAGCAGCUCUGGAAGCACUUCAGGGAGAGGAGCUGAAACCUCACCUGAGCUAAUGCCUGUAUAGGAGACCAAGGCUUUGUUUGGGUCUUCAACAACUUUUAGGCAUGGACAGGGUAGAAAAUCUUUGAGCUGUGUGUGCAUGAGCACAGCAGGGUCAGAGUGCAAUGUGGUAAGUGCUUUUCUAUUCCCAUUAUUAUCUAAGGGGGCGUUUUAAUAGAUUCUUCUUAUCCUUUCUGUGAAAUGAUUUGUGAAUUGCUGUGCAAUCAACUGGCAACAAUGUCUUCUGGGUCAAUAGGAUUGAAGGUAGAUGCCUGAUGGAAGAGAAAGCCAUGUUUUGACAACCGCUUCACAGAGGGUGUCUCAUCUUCAGUACAUGUUCUGAAUUAGAGUUCACUGAUUUCUCAGUGUUGCACAAGUUAUUAUUUCUAACAGGACUAAACAACAAGAUGAGGGGCAGACGUCUGAAAUCACUGCUGUAACUUCCUUUAUCGCCCACUGACUAACUCAAAUGAGGGUU